GAGCUUUGCAGCAACACAUCUCUGGUUGCAGCAUCCCUGCUGAUGAUUUUAUUAUCUGGAGCACAAAAAGGGGCAGGACACGGGGAAUAGAUACAAGGAGGUGAGGAGAACGAGAAGGACAUCUGUAGGAGGCAGAGGAGCAGAGCCUGGUGCCGAGUUACUGGGUGUGGAGCCGGUUAUCUGUGAGGACGGCCAUCUUCUCCACGAUAACAAGCUCCCAGAGGAGCGCCUGUGUUGCUGUUGAGGAGCAAGGAGAAGUGGAGGAGGAGGAGGGGUAGACAGAUAGGGGGAGCUUCUUCUCCUUGGGCUAUUACCCCUCCUCUAUAGCUGCCGGCUACUGUUCCCUUUUCAGCUUCUUUCUAACACAUCAAGAGGGUUUUCCCCCCCGAGAGAAUGUACCCGUUGGAAUCCCAAUGCUUCCGCAGACCUCAGUCCAGAAAGGGAAAAUUUGUGUCAGUUUUGAGACUCAUCGGGGACUGAGAGACAGAACCAGUGACACUGAGACCUGAGACACCCACAACAGAGAGAAAACGCAGCUAUCUUCUCUAUCCUACAGCUUCCUGUCAGUUAAGAGCAUGGAUCUGACCACAGUCAAGACCACUGCUAGCUUUCUUUCCAGCACACCCAGCACCUCCAACCCUCCCAGCAUCUCCCUCCUCCCGGUCACCACAGACGCCAGGAUGGAAAGGGACAAUAUCACAUCCAGGACAACACUGAUGACCUUAACGAUAGCCGCUAAUGAGACAAGUUUCAAUUCCACCAAACUUCCAGAGGCUGCUGUCGAAGGCUCAGGAAUUGGCAUGGUUCUAGUACCAUUCGGCAUCAUCACUGUCAUUGGUCUGGCACUUAUCAUUAUGCUGUACAUCCGAAAAAGGAAGAGGCUGGAGAAGCUAAGGCACCAGCUCAUGCCCAUGUACAACUUUGACCCGGCAGAAGAGCAGGAUGACUUAGAACAGGAACUGCUAGACCACGGCCGUGAAGGCACCCUCACAGGACCCAACGCUAAGACCCUCACAACCUCCCAGGGGACGACCCAGAGGCCGAGUCGUCUGGUCUUCACAGACGUAGCCAACGCUCUCAAUGCGUAACAGCACUCUUCCAGGCAGGAGUGAGUGUGUGGGGGCUCUUUAUCCCAUCAUGGGAGAUUUGUUGCUCAGGAAGAAUAAAAAGGAAAACUGGAUUGGAGUCGUGGAAGUAUGGAUGAUACCAGAGGCGUGUAUCAUUGUAGCAUGGUGUUUGUUUAACUGUGAUUGUCGUCCACCCUAUUAAGAUUUUCACUGUCACCUGAGUUCUUCUCAGUCAUUGUCUUCAGAGACUGUUUUAGAAAUAUAGGAUGUGAACUGUCUGGAACAGAUCAUCUUACACUGUUUGUCAGCCAGAGCACAAGGGUUGUGUCCUUGUGUGGGAUAUAACUGAUAGCAGGACUUUGGGAGUUUCUGAGUGUUCUCUCAUAAACCUGAGAGCUUGCUAAGAAAAACACUUUGUCAAAAAAUCUUUGUCUAUAUGUUCAUAGGAAACUUUGUUGGAAAAUAUGAAAAGAAGUUUGACAAAAGAGAGGGCUCAAGCUGUUUUGCUAAAUGUUUUGACUUCUCGAUGUAACAGUUGUGGGCUUGAGGCUGAGAACACAUAGGCGUAUUGAAGACACUGGACAUAGAGCUGUGGAUGUGUUCACUGCAUGGGCAACAUCCAUGUCACUCCACCAUAACAUGGCUUCCUUCCCACUCCCCUGGUGAACUCUGGACAUUCCCUCAA